UUUGACAAUUACCAAUAGUGUCCAGUGUCUUUAACCGCUAUAAAUUGUUUUCAAUGCCACUUUCCUCAUUCUUAUUAAACCUGAAAGAGAAUACAUUUUUGUAUAUGACAUUACGUUCGGUGAACACCGAUCUUCUACAACGUGGACAGUAAAUUGAUAUAACGGGCUGUCUACACGCUCUGCUGCUGCUCAGAGCUGCUUUCUCAUGCAUAUUCAAAUAACGCGCUCGUGCUUUACCCAACGAAAAUACAUUUCGUUUUCGACGACGGAUUUGUUCUGCGAUGCGACGACGUUGUCGUAGCUUGGGGGACGACCGUCCUCUUAAAGCCGACGCACGUGCAGAUGGCGCCAAAUGUCUAUCAUUACAGACAUUCACACUCACAGAAACAUCCUUCGUCCAAAACGUAAACUCCCUAUUACAUUGGAAGAGAACAAUGACACGUAAUAGUGGUCUGUCACCUAGCCCACAAUCGCAUUGGUCCUUGGUUAUCUGCCGGUGUUGUACCCUUUGGAGAUCUUAAUUCCUUGAGAAGAAUAAGAAGCUGUCGUUGAUUACUGAACCAUAUCGUUUGUGCUACCAGAAGCACUUUGAUGUUACUUUCCCACCAUUGCGAGUAGGACAGGAUACGUGUGUGGCCGCCUUGUAUAAAGAAGAACCAUGGAGUCCAGGCUGCUAGCAGGGAGACCCUCACGGGGAAUCCAGUCCUCUUGGCGUAAGCAUGGGACCACUACCCCGAAAACCGGCUAUCUCUUCAAAGCUUCAAAGCAAAGACUGACAAGGUGCUAUUCCCUUCUCAUUAUUUACGGACUUUUUGUUGCAAUCUUAUCAUUAGUGACGCUGUACCCAAACGUUGUUGUUGCUACCAGAUCUUCAUAUGAGAUGAGGAAUAGCAGAAGAAAUACUAUGGGAAUACUAGUAGGAGUUAAUACUACUUCAAGGUCUCCAUUACAUGCUACCACAACGCUACGUGCUGUCGCCGAUAACGCCACUAUCGUAAAGAUAAACACAACUCCAAUUGUUUCGAGUCCGAAAGUUAUAAACCCUCAUCCUUUCCGAUUCAUAAUCGCAAAUGAAGACGCUUGCUCCGGGGAGAACACUGAUGUGUUCUUAGCGGUGUUGGUGAAGUGCCGGGUAGGGGAGACUUUCGACCGGGAACAAAUUCGACGAACCUGGGGCGGUGUUCAGGUGGUGCUCGGUCGAAAGAUUCGAACAAUGUUCUUAACGGGUAAGACGAAUGAACAUCCAAAGGACAAACUUUUAAAAGCUGAAGAUGAGAAAUAUCAUGAUAUAAUACAGGAGGACUUUAUGGACUCGUACUUCAACUUGACAUACAAGACUCUAAUGGGAUGGAGGUGGAUGUCAACCUUCUGCCCGGCAGCAAGUUACGCUGUGAGUAUAGACGCUGAUAUGAUAUUAAACCCCCGGAAUCUAAUCUUGAGGUUAGAGACAUCUCCAAGGAAACUAUUCUCCGAGGGGAAUUGGAGGGAAAAUGUCCCCCCGAUUCGGGGUAGGUCCUCAAAGUGGUUCAUCCCGAAGUCGCUAUACCCUAAGAAAAUGUUCCCACCUUUCUUAAACGGGGGCUGUUAUGUCAUGUCGACUGAUGUAGCAAUGCGACUGUAUGAAACAUCGUUCAGGGUGCCAUUUUUCAAGCUGGAUGACGUUUAUAUGGGAAUGGUUAUGGCCGCCAUGGAUUUCUCUGCAAACUUCUCAGGUUUGUACCAACAGUAUACUUCGGUUGAGAUUGGGUUGAAACGAGGGAUUGCUGUGGGGGCGUCCCAUGCCAAAUCGAUCAACAAGCAGUACUUGGCUUUGUGGGAAACGAUUGUUGGAUCUGAGCUUAAAAAGGACAAGGACCAUAAGCGGAAUGAGAAGGAAGAAGACAGUGGCAAGAAAGAAAAUGAGAAAAUUGAGACAGAGAAAGAGACACAAGAGACGAAAGACUGAUUAGCCACGGAUGACCGUGAUCUUGGCUACUAUGUGUUACCUCUUAUUCGCUCCUGCCGUGUAGCGAGCCAAGGCUCCGGGUAAACCUUGUCGUUUCUGCUACGUUUCUGGUAAUCACAACUAUUUUGCUGAAGGGAUCACUUUAAAACUGAGGCUGGAAAACAGACUGAACAAUGUGAACAGUUUUCGUAUCCCACCACUAUUUUAUUCGUUAUGAAAUAAUGAAAUGAAAAUUCCUUUUUGUAAA